CUACUUAUGGGCCAACCAAACUCAUUCAUCUUCUCUCACCAACUUUCUCAUCACUCUCUCACCAAUUCUCUGUGGGCGAGACACAUCCAUGGCAGAGGAAAUCAGGUUCUUUGAGCUCAACACCGGAGCGAAGAUACCAUCGGUCGGUCUCGGAACGUGGCAGUCUGAUCCUGGUCUCGUCGGAAACGCUGUCGAAGCCGCCGUUAAGAUCGGUUAUCGCCACAUUGAUUGUGCUCAAAUCUAUGGCAACGAAAAAGAGAUUGGGUUAGUCUUGAAGAAACUGUUUGAUGAUGGAGUUGUGAAGCGUGAGGAGAUCUUCAUCACAUCCAAACUCUGGUGUACUGAUCAUGAUCCUCAAGAUGUCCCAGUGGCUCUCAACAGAACUCUUCAGGAUCUACAGCUUGACUAUGUCGAUUUGUAUCUCAUCCACUGGCCUGUUAGCCUCAAGAAAGGUUCUACUGACUUUAAGCCAGAGAACAUUUUGCCGACUGAUAUUCCUAACACAUGGAAAGCAAUGGAAGCACUCUUUGAUGCGGGAAAGGCCAGAGCUAUUGGUGUAAGCAACUUCUCCACAAAGAAGCUAGCUGAUCUCUUGGAGGUGGCUCGUGUCCCUCCCGCUGUUAACCAGGUGGAGUGUCACCCUUCUUGGCAACAGACUGUGCUCAGGGACUUCUGCAAAUCCAAAGGCGUUCACCUCUCGGGAUACUCUCCGUUGGGUUCUCCAGGGACAACGUGGCUCACGAGUGAUGUUCUGAAGAACCCGAUUCUCGGCACGGUUGCUGAGAAGCUAGGCAAGACACCUGCGCAAGUUGCAUUACGCUGGGGUCUCCAAAUGGGUCAAAGUGUUCUUCCAAAAAGCACACACGAAGACAGGAUCAAACAGAACUUCGAUGUUUUCAGCUGGUGCAUACCCGACGACAUGUUAUCCAUGUUUUCUGAGAUUGAACAGGGAAGGUUGGUGAGAGGCAUGUCAUUUGUUCAUGAGACGAGUCCUUAUAAGAGUCUUGAACAGCUUUGGGACGGUGAGAUCUGAGACUCAACAUUGACGGAUUUGUCUAAGAUAUCAGUUUGUUAUUAGUACUGCAACUUGUUUCUUUCGGAGAGGUACAAAAUUUCUCUAAUUGUCCUCCUACAUUUUCAAAUCUUCAUAAAUAAAAAAAGACACUGCUACUUCAGUUA